CCGCCUUGCCGGUUGGAGGAGGUGGCGGCGGCGGCGGCCGGAGACGGAGGAGGGGUCUGUGCCAAAGAAGGAAAAUGCUGGGACAGAAGAGAUGAUUGUUAAUUUGCACUGAGGCCUGGAACUGCCUAUUGAACAAAAGUCCCGACCAGGCAACAUACGAAUGGCCCAAGGAAGCCACCAAAUUGAUUUUCAGGUUUUGCAUGACCUGCGCCAAAAAUUUCCUGAGGUACCUGAAGUUGUUGUGUCCAGAUGCAUGUUACAGAACAAUAAUAACUUGGAUGCCUGUUGUGCAGUUCUGUCUAAGGAGAGCACAAAAUAUCUCUACGGUGAAGGAGACAUUGGUUUUUCAGAUGAUUCUGGGAUUCAAAGUUUGCGAAAUCACAUGACAUCCCUUAAUUUGGAUUUGCAGUCACAAAAUGUGAUUCUUCAUGGAAGAGAAGGAAGUAGAAUGAAUGGAAGUAGGACUUUGACUCAUAGCAUUAGUGAUGGACAUCUUCAGACCAGCCAGUCCAACAGUGAACUGUUUCAUCAGGAACCACAGACUGCUCCAGUCCAAGUUCCACAGGGAUUUUUUGGCAUAUCUAAUACUGUUAGUACUUCUAAUCCAGGGCAGCAUUUUGGAUUUCACUUGGGCAGCAAAGGAACAUCUGGUUUGGCUCAACAAACACCUAGAUUCAACCCUAUCAUGGUAACCUUAGCCCCAAAUAUUCAACCUGGUCGGAAUACCCCUACAUCUUUGCACAUACAUGGUGUACCUCCAAUAAACAAUCCGCAAGGCAAUUCUAUCUAUAUUAGACCUUACAUCACAAAUCCAAGUGGUACAGCUCGCCAGAGUCAGCAAAAUCCAGGCUGGACGUCUCAGUUUAAUCCUACGCAUUCUCAACAAAAUUACCAGCCUUCACAUCCAAAUCCUUGGACAAAUAUUCCUACAACCAGUUCUUCACCACAUACCUCAUCACAAUCAACACAGCCAAACCAGCAAGGCCAUCAGACCUCCCAUGUGUAUAUGCCUAUAAGUUCUCCUACAACCCCUCAGGCACCUACAGUACAUUCAUCUGGUAGUUCACAAUCUUCUUCAUCCCAGAGCCAAUACAAUAUUCAAAAUAUCUCAACAGGACCUUGUAAAAACCAAAUUGAAAUCAAACUUGAACCACCACAAAGAAACAAUUCAUCAAAACUACGUUCGACUGGGCCCCGUUCAUCCUCAAAUUCCUCUUCCGGCAACAGUCAGACUUUAAGUAGAAGUCAGCCUACUGUUUACAUAGCUGCCAGCCCACCAAAUACUGAUGAAAUUAUCACACGAAGUCAACCUAAGGUCUACAUUUCAGCCAAUGCUUCUACAGGAGAGGAACAACUUGGGCGGAGUCAGCCUACACUCUUCAUAUCAACCAAUCCAGGAGUUACUGCCACAUCUAGGAAUAUGUCUGGUCAAGUAAGCAUGGGACCUGCAUUUAUUCACCACCAUCCUCCCAAAAGCAGAGCAGUGGGCAACAGUACCACUGCCACUUCUCCCCGAGUUGUGGUUACACAGCCUAACACAAAAUACACGUUUAAAAUUACUGUUUCUCCAAAUAAACCCCCUGCAGUUUCACCAGGUGUGGUAUCCCCAACCUUUGAACCUACAAAUCUUCUAAACCUUCCUGAUCACUUUGCAGAAACGGAAGGUAUCCAACAUCUUACUGACCCUGUUUUAGCACAUGUCGAUAGGAUUAGUGAGACACGAAAACUGAGCAUGGGAUCUGAUGAUGCUGCCUAUACACAAGCUUUACUAUUACACCAGAAGGCUAGGAUGGAACGACUUCAGCGAGAACUUGAGAUUCAAAAGAAAAAGCUGGAUAAACUAAAAACAGAAGUCAAUGAAAUGGAGAAUAAUCUAACACGAAGGCGGCUGAAAAGAUCAAAUUCUGCUUCCCAAAUUCCUUCACUUGAAGAAAUGCAACAGUUAAGAAGUUGCAACAGACAACUUCAGAUAGACAUAGAUUGCUUAACAAAAGAGAUUGAUCUUUUUCAAGCAAGAGGACCACAUUUUAAUCCCAGUGCCAUUCACAAUUUUUAUGACAAUAUUGGAUUUCUAGGUCCUGUGCCACCAAAGCCCAAAGCAGAUCAAAGGUCCAUUGUCAAAACACCAAAGACUGUACCAGAUAUAGAGGAAGAUGAGGGAGCUCCAUGGAGUUGUACUGCUUGUACUUUUUUAAAUCACCCAGCCUUAAAUCGUUGUGAACAGUGUGAAAUGCCCAGGCAUUUCUGAGCCAGGGAGGCUCACUUAUCUUCUGUAAAUCCAGCUUUUGACUAUUGAGUCAUUUUCUUGGGAUAAAUAAUCAUUUAUGCAUAGGAUUUUGUAAAAUUGAACAUGUGACAAGGUUUAUUACUAAAUUUAAAUGUCAUGCUACAGAGAUAAUACCUCAGUGUUGUGCUGCAGGCAGCUGAAAUUCUUCAGCUGGAAGGUAAUCUCCUGAAAGACUUGGUUGCCAGCUGCCUGAAUAAUGUACAGUAUUACUAGAACCCCAGUAAGAAUAACUCUCAUCAUGUUCAAUGUUUGACUGUUCCCCAAUCACCUUUGUCCACAGACGUCACUACUGAAUUUUGGCAGGGGAAGGAAUUGGAUUGAUUAUAGCUUUUAUUGUUAUUUGUAAAGCUCUCAGUGAAACACUACAUUCACCGAGGAAAAGGAAAGGAACAUCCUGAAUGUGUAUUAGAACUCUUUGCUGCCAUGUAGGUCCCGUGGAUUGUAGUAGAGCCUCAGAAAUUAGUGGUACUCUUCACUUUGUCUUCCCAGAAAACAGCUCUUCUCUGUGAAGAUACAAAUCAGUACAUCUGUCUGAAAAUGAAAAGUGCAUGCUUUGUCUGUACAAUAUUCACAGUGAAAUAGCCCCAAAGCUUUUCCUACUGUACAUAGCUCUAGAGCCUGCUUUAAAUUACUUACUUUUCUUCACCUUUUAUUAUUUCUUGUACUUCUUAAUGUAUAGCGUAAUAGUCUUUGUUAACUUUCUUUUUCUGUUUAAGUGAUUACGCACGAUUGUGACCCUUUAAAAAAGCUUUUGAUCUGAGAAAAGCAGUGCCUUAAAAGAAGAUAAUUAAUGAUAAACAUUGCAUCAAACAGCUCUCUACUGCCUAUUCUAUACAUUGCUCUUAUAAAUGCUGAUAAUCUGUGAAGACCUGCAGAUGCAGCAUGGUAAAAAUGCAGAUGUUGGGAGUUUAUGCAUAUAGUUCACUCUGUACACUGAUUUUUACGGUGGGUGACACGAUGCAAUAUUUUGUCUGGCACAAGAAAGAGAAGUUUUAAAAAGUUCAACCCACCAGCAGAUCAGCAUCUGAAUAUGCUUGCUUCAUUUGCUGGAUAUCUUGCAAACUCUUUAAGAGGUAAUUACUGGGGAAGUACAUACUAUAUACAAAACAGCAGCAGUAGCAAUAACAUCCAUACUACUUAAUAUUUUUGGCAGCCAAGUUCUAAACUUGAUUUGGUGGAGAAUAGCAAUAAUGAGGACAAGUUGAAGUGCAGGCUGGAAGAGAGAAACCAAGCAGACUUGAACACUGAAGCAAUACCAAGCAUCUCUUUAUUUUCAUGGCCUUGUUUGUUUUAAGGAAAAACAUUCAGAUGAUCAGGAACACAUUUAACAGAAACCAAGAACAUUAGUAAUUUUUAGAAUAUAUAUGUUCUCUUGUGUGCUACAAAAAUCAUGAGGUAUCUCUGAGGGAAAAGCAGGAUUAACAACCUAAUCCUGUACAUGUUGACUCAGAAGUAAGUCCCAGUGCAUUCAGUGGGCUCAUUCCCAGGAGAGUGGGUAUAGGGUUGCAUGCAAAAUGUAGCAAGAGACAAAGUAAACUGUCACCCACUGUAAAUACUUACCAGUGGACACUUUUAACAGGAGUUUUACAAGUGAUCUAUGUGAAUACACAAAGGCCUUUGUUUUCAAAGGUUUCACAUUCUUUUUAGAAUAUGGGAGGUAAAGGACCAUCCCAAGUAUUAAGUCAGUAGAUCCAAAGUACUUGCAUUGAAUGCAUUGUGUUUAUAAAAAUAAAAAGAAGCUUUGUUUUCAGCUUCAUCUGCAGUUCUAUGUGAAGAUUGACAAAUCAAUUUUUACCUGUUUUAUUAAUAAAACCUAAUUUGGA